GGGAGGUGAUGCUAUGACAUGCAAGUGAAUUGGAUUUAAGUGAGGAAGGGUUGUGCAAAGUCACCAGCCUCGCUUUCUCUUCUUGAGCCAUUUGGGUCCCGUGGCAAGAUAUAGAACAAGACAGCUGGAGAUGCCGCCCAGCCCAGAAUGCUACAUAAGCAACAUAGGAAGAAUGUGAUAAUCAAAGGCAUUUAAGAAGAAACUUCAACCGUUGAUAAAGCAAAAUAUUAAUUAUUCCUAUUGUGAUCAAGCUAACUUGAGUUUUAUGGAGAUUAACAAACAAAGUGUGGUCCUACCUCCAGGCCAUGUGAUGGACUAGUUGAUCUCUUUUGUCAGUUUUCUGGAACUAUGAUUACAUAAUAUUAAGUUUCUUCAAUCAACUGCUGGUCAGUUAAUGGUCAGACACCAAUCCAUAGGCAUUUGUGGAAAAAUAUCUAGGCCCCAAAUAUUCAAUGGAAUUGCAAAAUAAGACCAGCCUAUGAGAUCUUAGUAUAUGAGCUGCUAAAAACAAAAAGCUAAUAAUAACACAGUUCCACUUUUUCAUGGACUUUUAGAGAAUAACAAUAAUAGCUAGCAUUUAUAUAAAACUUUAAGGUUUGUAAAGUACUUUACAAAUAUUAUCUCAUUUUAUUUUUUACAGCAACCCUGGAAAUUAGAUAAUAGUCUUAUCCCUCAUUUUACAGAUGAGGAAACUGAGUCAGACAGAGAUUCAAUGACUUGCCCAAGAUCAUGCAGCUAGUAAGGAUCUGAGGCUAGAUUUGAACUCAGAUCUUCCUGACUCCAGGUCAGGAGUACCACCUCCUGUACCACCCAACAGAACUGACACUAUUGCCAGAAAACAAAUCAUGAAUGAAACUGAGUGUAUUGAAGAACAGCACCAUGUAGAUCACUAUUUGUUCCCCGUCAUUUAUAUUUUUGUGAUGGUCAUCAGCAUUCCUGCCAAUGUCGGGUCUCUGUGUGUUUCAUGUCAGCAAGUGAAGAAGAAAAAUGAAUUAGGAGUUUACCUCUUUGGUCUAUCACUCUCUGAUCUCCUCUAUUCAUCAACGUUACCCCUUUGGAUACAUUACACUUGGAAUGAAGACAACUGGACAUUCUCUCCCGCCCUGUGCAAAGUGAGUGCUUUCCUGAUGUAUGUGAAUUUCUACAGUAGCACCGCCUUCCUCUCUUGCAUCUCCUUUGAUAGAUACUUGGCAGUGGUCUAUCCUUUGAAAUUUCCUUAUCUAAGAACAAGAAGAAUCGCCUUUACCAUCAGCCUAUCAAUCUGGAUCAUAGAAACAUUGUUCAAUGCCAUCAUUAUCUGGAAGGAUGAAACGUCUAUUGAACACUGUGGUACCAACAAGUCUUAUACUUUGUGUUUUGACAAAUACCCCUUGGAGAAAUGGCAAAGUAAUUUCAACAUCUUUCGGACAUGCACUGGUUAUGUGAUCCCCUUGGUUAUAAUUAUAUUUUGCAACCAAAAAGUCUACCAAGCAGUAAAGCAUAAUCAAGCCACAGAGAACAGUGAAAAGAAGAGGAUCAUCAAGUUGCUUUUGAGUAUCACGCUCACUUUUUUCUUAUGCUUUACCCCUUUCCAUACUAUGUUGCUGAUUCUAAGUAUUGGAAAGCACAGCACAAACUUCGGCAAGCAGAUAUUUAAACUUUAUAGAAUCACUGUUGCCCUGACGAGUUUAAAUUGUGUGGCAGAUCCAAUUUUGUACUGUUUUGUAAGUGAGACAGGAAGAUCAGAUAUAUGGAACUUGUUCAAAUUCUGCCAUCUGCCAAGUACAACAUCUGACCCUGGCAUGGAAUUAGAAGAUUGCUCUUCCAACAGAAAGCACACCAAAACACACGUGCUUAGCCAUCAACUAACUCAAAGAAGUAUGUAAAUGGAAAUGACUUAAGCAGACAUCAUUUAUUGGAUAUUUGAACUGAAAGACUCAAGAUCAGAGAUGGGGGUAACAGAAGAGGCAAGAUAUCAAGCAGAAUAGGGGCAGUUCUUUACCAUGAUUGGCCUGUCCUUGUCUAUAUCCCUGCUCCAAUAGAAUGAUCCUCAUACCAGACAGAAACAUAUGGUAGCCAAGAGUAAUGUUGAUUUGGAAUAUAAAUUCAUAUGUUACAGAGGAUGAUGAUGGACAAUUAUGAGCAAUAUUUACCUAGAAAAUUACAAAGAGCAUUGGAAUUAAAAAUUGUAAGAACAUUGAUGAGAGACUUGGUUAAGCCAUAUCAUAUAAUGUGAAGAAGGUGAGUGUAGAAAACAUUUCAUAUAAAUAAAGUUCUGGAUGUCAUAAUCUAACAAUUUUUAGUAGGAAUUACACAGCAGGAUCUCAAGUAUACCUCUUGAGUGUGUUAGUAUGUUCAAGAUCUAAGGUUUCAUCAGUGUGGAAACUACUUCUACCUAGAUGCAGUCAGUCUAUAUUUUAGUAUUAGGUAGUGGCCUGAGGCUCAGAGAUUAAAUGAUUUGUCCCUGUUGGACAUCAAGUUAAAAUUAGAGGUGGGAUUUGAAUUCAUGUCUUUCUAACUCUAUGUCCAGCGAUCUACAUGCCCCAAUGCCUCUCAUAUAAUGCACAUUAUUCUAUCUACUCAGCACAUGAGUGAUUCACAAAUAUUUACUGAAUGAAUAAAUUCAAUCUAAUACUUAAGCUAAAUAGUCAUGUUUAUUGUCUUGUGUUGUAA